AUGGCCGAUAAGAACCAUCCCAACAUUGUGCGACUGCUUGGGUUUGCGGUGGGAGGGGACGUAAGGUCUAAGAUAGAGCAAGUCCUCAUCUACGAGUUUGUGCCCAAUGGUGACCUUGACAGCUUUGGUGUGCUCAUGCUUGUGGUGCUCACUGGUCGGUCUUCACUUUUCGAGGAUGCUGGGGAGACCAAGCACAUCGUGGUGUGGGCAUCCGAGUGCCUGUCAUCGGGAGGUUCAGAGGGCCUCAAGCACCCCACCAUGGACGCCCCUGGAGAUGCUGUGCUGCGCGUGGUUGAGCUGGCAGUGAGCUGCACCGUGGAGCGCUCUGCAAGCCGCCCAAGCAUGGCACACAUUGCCACCCAGCUGCAGGCUGUCAGGGAGGAGGUGGCGGGGAAGGAGGAAUCUGGCGCUGCCAUCAAGGUGGAUGCGCAGGUCCAGGAGAUGAAGGAUGCUGUUGCGGGUGAGGACGGUCUGGAGGCGCAACUUCAAAAGAUUGCGGAUAGGAGCAGCUUCAGUGCCGAACACCCAGCCUAG